UGCUUGAAUGUCAGUUUGAAAAAAAAAAAAAAAAAAGAAGGAAACACACCCAGUGCUCUUGGACCUGUGACCUGGAACUGGACGGUGGAUGCAGCUCUGAAUUGUAUGGAUAUUGAGUGAACAGAACAGUCAUUUAAGACUCACCUUUUUUUUUUUUUGCCUUUACAUGUGGACCUCGCCUUACUUUGCAAAUAUUUUUUGCUGAAUGUGCAUUUUUUUUUUUUUUUUUUUAAAGGGCUACGAACCUUUUUAUUUUUUCGUCUUGAGUUGAACAGGAAACCUAUAAUCUGGCAAACACUGUGCUUCUCUCUCUCUCUUUUUUUUUUUUUUUUCUUUUUUCUCAGUAUUUCCAAAGAUGAUCUGAGCCUCACACAGCUACAAGUGUUCUGAAUGUUUUUUUUUUUUUUCUUUCCUAAAAUCCAAAGAGAGCUACAAACCCGAAUAGCUGAAUGGAAUAUUAUAUAAUCUGCCAAUGAACUCUCUGACCUGGAGCCAUUGAUCUGAAUUUUUUUUUUUAUUUUUUUUUCUCUGAAUAUUUCAGUGUGUGGGAAACUUGAAUAGUGUUCGUUAUCUGAAGAAGCUUUAAGGAAGACGAGGAACGGGACGAUUAUAGACCUUGCGGUUCUGGAAAAUUAAAUAGCACUUUUAUUUUUUUUUGGACAGAAGGGCAAAAGAACAUUAAGUCAUCGGCUUGGCAAAGCUCUUGUGAAAAUCUGGACAGUUCAUCUUUUUUUUUUUUUUUUUUUUUUGGAAAAUAAGCUAGCUCAUCUGGAAAAAAAAAAAACUUGGAUUUUUUUUUUUUUUUUUUAAAUAAAAAAAAAACUUCUAUUUCAUGUACUUGGAGGAACUUUUUUUGGGUUAUAAAAAAUCAUAAGACGCGGAUAAUGUAGCUUUUUUUUUUUUUUUUUUUUUUAAGGAAAAAAAAUAAUUCCGUUGAAUGUUUUUUUAAAAAUCUUGGAUGAUUAUUUUUUUUUUUUUUUUCACUUUAAAUUCAUGGACAGAAUGUUUUUGAUGGUAUCCACAGAACUGUAAAGAUGGAGGACAUAAAGAAGUCUGGGUAUCUGCGCAAGCAGAAGUCCAUGAGGAAGAGGUACUUUGUGCUGCGCAGCGCGGGGCCCCGGGGCCCGGCCCGGCUGGAGUACUACGAGAACGAGAAGAAGUUCCGGCUGGCGGACGGCCCGUCCGGCGGGCCUCGGGGGACGGUCAACCUGGAGGAGGCGUUCGGCGUCAACAAGCGGGCCGACGCCAAGAGGAGGCACCUGCUGGUCCUGUACACGCGGGACGGAGGCCUGUGCGUGUCCGCCGACGGGGAGGAGGAGCAGGAGGCCUGGUACCAAGCCAUACUGGAGCUGCAGGCGCAGGUUCGUUCUCUGUCCACCUCUGCCGAUGCCUCGGCUUGGCCUGUUCCACCAUUCAGGGAGGUGUGGCAGGUGAGCGUACGCCCCCGUGGACUCGGCCAAACCCGCAACCUCUCAGGAACCUACCGCCUGUGUCUGACAGACCGCACUCUCGGCCUCCUACGCCUCCGCUGUGAACACCCCUCCGUCACCCUUCAGCUCAUGAAUGUGCGCCGCUGUGGCCAUUCCGACAACUAUUUCUUCGUGGAAGUGGGGCGCUCGGCGGUGACCGGCCCAGGAGAGCUAUGGAUGCAGGUUGAAGACUCUGUUGUAGCCCAGAACAUGCACGAGACCAUCCUGGAAGCUAUGAAGUCUUUAAGUGAAGAGUUUCGUCCACGGACCAAGAGUCAGUCUCUUUCCUCGACGCCCAUCACUGUCCCAUCCAGAAGGCACCUACCUAACCCACCACCGCCUAGCCAAGUUGGCUUGUCUCGCCGCUCCAGGAUUGAAGCUUCGUUGGACAGCUCACCGGCUCAAAAGCCUCACUCCCUGCCUAGGGAUCAUAGUCCACGCUCCCCCGAGGAUGUGGAGAAGCGGCCAAGAGUAGAAGCCAUUCAACCUUCAGUAGACUAUGGUUCUGCCUCUUCAGAUGAGUACGGCUCAAGUCCUAGUCUGCACGAGCCUCCUAUAUUUUUGCCACCAUCUCCAGUUACAGGAGAAACCAAUUACAUCUCCAUGGGUCAGUUUGGGAGGAGGUCUCUAGCGCUGGACCUUGGUUCAGUUCCCAUCACACCAAGUGAAGAAGAUGGAGGAAAAACUUCCAGACUGGAACAUGAAGACAAUUAUGCCAUGAUGGGGAGAUGUGAGCCACGCCCAGAAGCAGGUUAUAUGCCUAUGCUUCCUGGCAGCCGAUCCCAAGAUUACAUGCCUAUGACACCUAACAGUAUCUCUCCACCGGCCCCUAUAGAACUGGCAGGUUAUGUCAUGAUGUCCCCAUUGGGUAGCUGCUCCCCAGAGCAAGAGAGGACUAGCUGGCCACCUUCUGGAGAUAUGUCAGUGGGCAGUUUAGACAGCCAAGCUUCAGAUUACAUGAGCAUGUGGCCACUAAGCCGCUCGGCAUCUAGUACCCCUCCACCCGCGGAGAAGUGCUUAAAACUGAGCAAUGGUCCUACAAGGAUUCCUGCCUCCUACCGUUCACUUCCCCGCUCUUAUAAACUGGACCCGGUGCCUCCUGUUCGGAACUCUUGCUCCUCAUCCUCUGACAGCCUAGAAGAAGUCAGCAGUGGCAGGAAUUGGAGGCCACUCAGUAUGUCUGUGGACACUUGGAGGGCAAACACAUUGCCAGGAAACUACCGUAGACCACCCAGCCCAGGGGAAUAUGUCAGCAUCAACUUCAGGGCCAAAAAGGAAAAGACAAGAAAGGACUUCGAUGUUCCCCAGGCGGAAUACAUUGCCAUGGACACACAGCAUCCAAAGGUGGCCAAUGGAGACUAUACCAAAAUGACUUUUGAACCAGAGACAUGGCGCUCACAACCUCCAUCUGUUACCGACCAAAAAGUUGAGAAGGCUUCAAAGACAACUCCUGAAAGUAUGUCUGGCCUGGUAACUGCAGAAGUGAACUCCAGGCCAGUUUCAAAAAAGGCAUCACGGCCUACCUCAACUAUAGAAAAAACUCUAAAGCCAUCAACAGAAGACGAUCCCUGGCCCGUGGUGGCCAGCGAUAACACGUUCAGGCCCAUAGCGCCUGCAGAUAACAAGCUAAGCCUUACUGCCAAGGUGCCAACAGAGGCCCAAGUGGACAGUGUAUUGGGUCUUGCCGAGAAGACUGUGGCAACAAAGCCUAUGUCCGAAGACUUGGAACUGAGGGGCCUGCUAGCCGGCUGUAGUCUUUACAAUGGGCCGGAUCGUAACAGGCUUGGGAGGGGCGAUCACCCAGCCCGAACCAGGCACUGUUCUGAUAACCUGUCCCUCAACACUGUUGCCUCUUGCAAUGGAAACCGGGCGCAAUCUAAGGAAUCUGGGCUCAAUUACAUUGAUCUGGACCUUGUAAAAGACGUGCGUACCAGUCCACUGACUGCCUAUCUGGUGAGUGCUAAUGUGCCACAGCCAAUGAAGAGUGGAACCCUGGGAGCCAAUCCGUGCAUCAACACCUAUGCCAGCAUCGACUUCCAGAUGUCAGGAGAGCUAAGAAGGGAUAGCAGAGAUGGAACAGAAUGCUAAAAACUGUAUCCAGGGACUCCGGCCGUAUUCUUCUCAUGAAAACCAAGAUGGCCGAACUGGCGUAUUCUGCACAAAACUAUUACCGUUUUCUCUAUUUGCACUUUCUGUAAAUCUUGCAUCUGCCGGAAGCUUCAGGAGCGGUCUUUUUCGAUGAGAGGGGGGAUAAAAAGUGCCUUUUUGUUUUCUUUUGCGAAAUGCGAUUUUUUUUUUCUGGAAUUGCAGUUGAAAAUGUUGGUCUUGGCCGCCAUCAACACCCUACGGGAAAGGAGGGCCAAUGCACAGGAAAGAAACCUUCAACCCUAUAGGUCAAGUUUACGAGAGGAACACUAACUGACUGUAUGGGAUGUUUUAUUUUUUUUUGGCUGAAAAGUAGCCUAUAUUUUUGGUGCUGGCAGCAAGCUGCUUCAUGGGGCGAGUGUUGAUUUUACUGGUGCGUUGGCCUUUUUUGAGAAAUGUUAGACAUUUCUACCUGAAUGUGUGAGGCUACAUAUGCCUUAGCGAAUAUUUUUGACCGCCUUUUGUUGACAUCUCGCAAAAUGGCCGCCAUCACCAACCCUGGGUGUUCUUUACGACUUGAGAGUUUUUUUGCUGAGUUAACCAUAGAAAUGGAUAUUGGUACUAAAAGGAUGGAAAUCCCAUUGUGGUCAAACAUAGAAGGUACGAUGUAAAAGGGGCGAGUAAAGGGGGCCCCCAUGGCUUUAAAACCAUUUGCUGUCCGAUUCCCAGAGCCACAUGUAGCUGCAGACGGCGCACCAAACGGUGAAUAACCGUCAUUCAGACACACAACCGUACCACAUGGCUGCUUGACCCCCCUCCCUCUUCCUCUAGAAGUUGGGUGGGGGACAAUUUUUUCAUUUUUAAUACUUUUCUGGUACUAUGGUCCGUUUUUGUCGGGAUGUUUAUGAUCCAAUGGUCGUGCACCUGCUGGUGACACGGCCUCAAGGCAGCCAUAUUGAAAUCUUUAACCAAUACGCAAGGGCUUGAGCCCGCUUCACCAGGGACGUUCCUGCCAAUACACGAGGGCUUGAGCCCACUUCACCAGGGACGUUUCUUGCCAAUAUGUGAGGGCUUGAGCCCGCUUCACCAGGGACGUUCCUGCCACUAUGUGAGGGUUUGAGCCUGCUUCACCAGGGACGUUCCUGCCAAAACACGAGGGCUUGAGCCCACUUCACCAGGGAUGUUCCUGCUCAUACGUGCCAUUAUGUGAGGGUUUGAGCCCAUUCCACCAGGGACAUUCCUGCCAAUACGUGAGGGUUUGAACCCAUUCCAGCAGGGGACGUUCCUGCCAAUGGGUAAGGGCUUGAGCCUGCUUCUCUAGGGACGUUCCUGCCAAUACGUGAGGGCUUGAGCCUGCUUCACCAGGGAUGUUUCUGCCCAUAUGUGAGCCCACUUCACAAGGGACGUUGCUGACAAUACAUGAGCCUGCUUCACCAGGGACGUAGAUGAGAUGAGGGCUUGAGCACACUUCACCAGGGAUCUUCCCACCGAAGGGUGAGGGCUUGAGCCCGGUUCACCAGGGAUGUUCCUGCCAAUGGAUGCGGGCCUAAGCCCGCUUUACCAGGGACAUUCCUCCCAAUGGAUGAGGGCUUAAGCCCACUUCACCAGGGAUGUUCCUGCCAAAGGGUGAGGGCCUGAGCCUGCUUCACCAGGGACGUUUCUGCCAAUGGAUGAGGGCCUGAGCCCACUUCACCAGGGACGUUCCUGCCGAAGGAUAAAGGCUUGAGCCUGCUUCACCAGGGACGUUCCUGUCAAUGGAUGAGGGCCUAAGCCAUCUUCACCAGGGACGUUCCUGUCAAUGGAUGAGGGCCUAAGCCAUCUUCACCAGGGACGUUUCUAUAGGUACGAGACACUCAAUCUCAAUGGACUAGGAGUCCUCUUUGUGCAAGGGGCAGGUACUUGGCCCUGAACUCAUUUUAGAUCAAUUUACUUUUUUUGAAACCAAAAGAAAAAAAAAUAUAUAUGUAUGUAUAGAUGUUUAUGCAGAUGAUAUAAUAUAUAGAGUAAGAUUAAAGUAUUAUGGGGGUGGACGUAGGAAUCUUAAAUGACGGAGUUGCGUAUUAUCCAGGUGACGCUCAACGGGCGCGGUUUAGCACCAAAUUACGGUAAAGCCUCCCUUGAUGGUUCCUCAUGGUAAUCCUGAGGCUCAGGGGGGACCUAUGACUGGACUUAAUGAUUUCACAGAGGUGUCAAUAUAUGCAAGAGACCGUUUUAUAAUCCCCCUCAAUGUGCUGCUUUAUACCUGGAUAAUACCAAAAAAAAAAAUGAAAGAAAUUGUAUUUAAAGCGUUAACUUACAAGUCCCCCCCCCCCCCAUAUUUAGUGGGUAAAUGGAACAUUCCAAGAUUUGAUGGUGCUGCGGGGGUGGGGCUGAGUAAGAAACGGGAAUCUGAGCCAAUGAGAAUGCUCACUUUGCCAUAAGGGUGUCCUGGAUUUGGCUAGUGAACCAUUUCCAACACCGAGGGAGGGGGGUGCUCGAAAGAUGGGAAGCCAGGAAAUUUGCCUUGUAUAAGCUAAGUCUAUUGAAUAAAGUGUUUUGAAAUGCCUUUGGA